GGUCGAGAGAAAAAACGUCUACGUCAUCUCUCCGCGACACGUCAACACGCAGCCAGAUGAGCUAACACAGUGCAACUCGUCGAAUAGUGAUAAUAAAACUUUCCAGACAGAUCAACUAUACUUUCAUUGGUGGUAGUUUGAGAAGUAUAGCUGGUAUAGUUGAUUUAAAACGAAUAUUUUUAAUUUUGUGUAUAGUUUGAUUUGAACGACAGGGACGCGGAGUCAGCAGCUCUGGCAUGUGUCAAAUUAUUUUGGGGUGAAUUCAGUAAACAUCCACCGUUCUUUGAUUUAACGCUAAAUACUACAGUUUUUAAGCUCUCGUGUGGGUGUCAAGAUGAAUGAAGAAGAGCUUGUGGAGUAUUUCAGGGCUCAGAUGAGGAAAGACCCGGACAUGGCCUCUGCUGUGGCCGCUAUCCGCACUCUGCUGGAGUUCCUCAAGAGAGACAAAGGUAAUACUAUCCAGGGCCUGAGGGAGAGCCUAACGUGGGCCACAGACUGCCUGACAAGAGUGGACUCCUCUGUGGCCGUGUCCUCGGGAGGAGAGCUCUUCCUGCGCUUCAUAAGUCUCACAUCACUGGAGCACGAGGAUCUGUCUCGCUGUAAGAAGGUGAUGGAGGAGAGAGGAGAACUUUUUCUGAAGAAGAUCUCAAUGUCCAGGACCAAAGUCGCUAAACUCUGUCACACCUUCAUCAAAGACGGAGCUAAAAUCCUGACUCACUCGUACUCCAGAGUCGUCCUCCGGGUGCUGGAAAAAGCUGCAGCUGAGAAGAAACGCUUCUCUGUCUAUGUGACUGAAUCGCAGCCUGACUCAGCUGGGCGACAGAUGGCAGACGCUCUGAGUAAGCUCAAUGUUCCAGUCACAGUAGUUCUGGAUGCAGCUGUGGGGUAUGUCUUGGAGAAAGUAGACCUAGUUAUCGUGGGUGCAGAGGGAGUCGUUGAGAGCGGAGGGAUCAUCAACAAGAUUGGCACUUAUCAGACGGCCGUGUGCUCUAAAGCUCACAACAAGCCUUUCUACGUCGUGGCAGAGAGUUUCAAGUUCGUCCGUCUCUAUCCACUCAACCAGCAGGACGUGCCCGAUAGAUUUAAGUACAAAGCAGACACUCUGAAGAACGUAAAGAACCUGUCGGAAGAGCAUCCGAUGAUCGAUUACACGCCUCCCUCCCUCAUCACCCUCCUCUUCACUGACCUGGGAGUCCUCACCCCGUCUGCUGUCAGCGACGAACUCAUCAAGCUUUAUUUAUAACUCAAUAAAACCCAUUUAUGAAAAGGUAAA